GAGCAUUGUGGGCCGCCGCGCUCCCUGCGUUGUCGACCCCGUCCGCGCCUCGCCAUGUCGGGUUCUCCGGUGAAGCGCCAGAGGAUGGAGUCCGCACUGGACCAGCUGAAGCAGUUCACCACCGUGGUGGCCGACACGGGCGACUUCCACCCCAUUGAUGAGUACAAGCCCCAGGAUGCCACUACCAACCCAUCCCUGAUCUUGGCCGCAGCGCAGAUGCCUGCCUACCAAGAGCUGGUGGAGGAGGCCAUCGCUUAUGGCAAGAAGUUGGGGGCGGGUAAGUGCUGGGGCCCAGCAGGGCCCAGUGUCUCCAUGGCCUGGCAUCCCUCCUGAGCUGUCCUGUUCCUGGAGUGUGCUCCUCAUGGCAUGAACUCCACCUGUUUGAAAGGUGCAGGUGGGAGUGGCGCCAUUCUGGACACCCCUAGGGUCCCUCCCCCUGCCUCUGCAGCAGGACUUUGUGUCUCAACUCUGCGUCUCUGGCAACUGCUCGUCUGCUGCCUUCUGGCCAUCAUUUCAUCAUUUUAACAGCACAAUUCAGUGAAUUUCGGCAACCGUGUGCACUGGUGUCUGUUACCACCCUGGUGUUAAGAGAGCACCUUCAAGCUGGGCUGUGGCUCAGUGGCAGAGCGCUUGCCUAGCAUGUGUGAGGCCCUGGGUUCAAUCCUUAGUACCACAUAAACUAAACAAUAAAAUAAAGGUGUUCUAUUCAUCUACAAAUACAAAGAUUUUUUUUAAAAAAAAAAGUACCUUCUCCAGGUAACCACAACCUACCCUUGAUCUCCACGGGUUUGCAUUUUCUAGACAUUGGACAGGUAUGACUCUUCCUGAGGCUCUGCUAGGUACAGUGGCCUGCAGGUGCUCCCCCAUGCCUCCUGGGACAGUACUCUACACUGACUGCCCCCCACCCCCCACAGCUACUCCCUGUUUCCCUUCUCUCAUGGUGCUCCCCGCAGUGGGGUGGCCAGCUGGGUUCUACUCCCGAGUCCAGGUGGCCCAUGCGCUCUUUUGUGUCACUGGCUUAAGACCUCUUUGUGUGCAGUGGGCAGCAAGGACGAUCACCCUUGUCACCUUGGAACAGCACCUGCCUCUACCUGUUGUCUGCCCAGGCAUCUCAGAGAGUAAAAAGAUCACUUUUCAGAGACAGGUCUUACUGAGGGUCAGUCACAUGGCAGUCCACCCUGAGCACCUGCCAGAGGUAGGUGAGACAGGACGGACACUGUGAAGGCCACGGCCAAGGCGCAGGUGGCCAGCACUGGUGGUUCCUUUCCCAGGUCUCCCUCUCCUCUAUCCCCUUCUUAUCCCCGUAGUUUUGCCUCUUCCAGAUUAUCACCUGAGUAGAUAUUUUAUGUGGUGCUGAGGAUUGAACCCAGUGCCUCACACGCUAGGCACGUGCUCUACCACUGAGCUGCAACCCCAGCCCCUGAUGUUUUUUUUUUUUUUUUUUUUUUCUGGUGCUGGG